UUAUUCUGUAGGAGAUGUGAUGGGUCCGACUGUGAGUAAUUUAGAUAACCUCCUCCGUCUGCCAUUCGGAUGUGGAGAGCAGAAUAUGAUCCACUUUGCCCCUAAUGUAUUUGUGCUCAAGUAUCUCCAGAAAACAAAGCAAUUGUGUCCAGAAGUGGAAAGUGAGGCAGUCGACUACCUUCUUCAAGGCUACCAACGUCAGUUAACGUACAAGAGACAAGAUGGGUCCUAUAGUGCUUUUGGAGAGAGAGAUUCUUCUGGAAGUAUGUGGCUUACAGCUUUUGUGCUGAAAUCUUUUGCACAGUCCCGGGGCUUUAUCUAUAUUUUGAUCCAUUAGAACUUUCUGCAGCAAAAGACUGGAUUAUUCUGCACCAGAAGAAAGAUGGCUCUUUUCCAGCCAUGGGUAGAAUCUUAAACAAGGAUAUCCAGGGUGGAAAUCAUGGAAAAAUAGCUCUAACUGCUUAUGUCGCAGCCGCU